AUUUACCCUGGGCAACUCUUCAAAAAAUGUCAUAUAAAUUACCAAAUUCAAUCCCCGAUUUUCCUACAUAUGGAUUGCUUCCUAAGGAGGAAACUGAAGCUGCAUCAUUUUUGAAAAAACAUCCUGAACAUGAUGGUCGUGACAUUACUAUUGCUAUAUUAGACACAGGAGUCGAUCCUGGUGCCGCUGGUUUACAGACUACUACCGAAGGAAAACCAAAAAUUAUUGAUAUCGUUGAUUGUAGCGGUUCUGGCGAUGUAACAACAAAAAUUAUUGUAAAACCUGUUAUCAAAGAAGAUGGAAAUGAGACUUUACAUACAAUUCAAGGCUUAACUGGCCGUACUCUUAUAAUUGAUCCAAGUUGGAAUAAUCCUUCAGGAGAAUUUCGUGUUGGUAUUAAGAGAUUAUAUGAGCUAUUUCCAAAAAAUCUGGCUAAAAGGCUUCAACAGGAACAUAAAGAAAACUUUGUAAAUGAACAUCAUCGGCUUCAAGCCGAAGCACAACAAAAUCUCUCUACUUGGGAAGAAUCUCAUUCUGCUUCUUCGAAUCUAUCAGAAAGUGAUCAUGCUACCAAAGCUGAUCUUGAAGCAAGGCUAGAAGUGUUAAAAAAUAUGUUAAAAAGUUAUGAUGAUCCCGGUAUACUUUUAGAUGUGGUUGUAUUCUUUGAUGGAAGUGAUUGGAGAGUUGUUAUUGAUGUUGAUGAAAGUUGUGACCUGAGAGGCGCUCCACUUUUGACUGAUUACAGAAAAGAACGACAAUAUCACACUUUCAGCAAAGAAGAUAAGAUGAAUUUUUCUGUUAACAUUUAUGAUGAAGGCAAUACUGUCAGUAUCGUUACAACGUCUCAUUCUCACGGAACCCAUGUUGCUGCUAUUUCUGCAGCAUAUCAUCCAGAUGAGCCUAUUCUUAACGGGGUUGCUCCAGGCGCUCAAAUUAUUUCACUUAAAAUUGGCGACACCCGAUUAGAUGGUAUGGAAACUGGUGCUGCACUGGCAAGGGCUUCCAUAUCACUCGUAGAAACUAAAUGUGAUCUUGCUAAUAUGAGUUUUGGUGAAGCAACUUCUGUACCUGAUUAUGGUCAUUUCAUUAAAUUGAUUCGCGAUGAAGUUAUUGGAAAGUAUGGUUGUAUUUUCAUAAGUAGCGCUGGAAAUAGUGGUCCUGCUUUAAGCACAAAUGGUGCACCUGGUGGUACUUCUAGUGAUAUUAUUGGGGUUGGUGCCUAUGUUAGUCAUUCAAUGAUUCAAGCUGAAUAUGCACUUCUUGAGUCGGUUCCUGAACGCGCAUACACGUGGUCUUCUCAAGGCCCUAAUGCUGAUGGUGAUAUUGCAUUACUUUUAUCAGGUCUUAAGGCUGAAAAUAGAAAAUAUUCGCCUUAUAUGAUUAAAAAUGCACUUGUUAAUAGUUCGAAACAAAUAAAUGAAAAUUUUGGUGUUGGACUUUUACAAGUUGAAAAGACAUGGGAUUAUCUUGAAAAAUUUUAUGAAGUUCCAGAUAAAGAUGUUGUUUAUGAGGUCAAAAUUUCAAACACACCAAGAAGUAAGCGCGGUAUAUACUUGAGAGAAUCAUACGAGACUUCAAGUCCGCAAACUAUUAAUGUCUUUAUUAGUCCUAAAUUUAUGAAAGAGAUUGACCCAACUUCUGGAGAAAAUAACCAAAAGAAAUUUGAGCUCGAAAGAAGAUUGGCUUUAAUUAGUACACAAACCUGGGUUAGAACAACUGAUUUCUUGUUUUUAGGUAGUAAAGGUAGAUCAUUUGAUGUAAAAGUCGAUCCAACUAAUUUAGCACCUGGUGGAUUACAUUUUGCUGAAGUUCAAGGUUAUGAUACAACUUGCCCAGAACGAGGUCCUCUGUUUCGAGUACCUGUUACUAUUACAAAGCCAAGUAUUUUAACUAACGGAUCUAAAGUUUGUUUUGACAAAUUAACUUUUGGUCCUGGUCAUAUUGAAAGAAGGUUUAUCAAGGUUCCUGAUGGUGCUACAUACGCAGAUGUAACGCUUAAAUUUGUUACAAAUAAAGCUACUUCACCUGGAUUUUUCUGGUUACAUAUGAUACAAUUAUUGCCAUUGAGACGGUUCACACAUCAAGAACGUGAAUAUACAUUUUAUUUUGCUAAAGGAAGUUAUGGUGAUGGUAGUGGGGAUGAACAAAUUGAAAAAAAAAGUUUUGCUGUUUGUGGUGGUGUAACUAUGGAGAUUUGUGUGGCACAAUUUUGGUCUAGUAUUGGAAAUCACGAUAUAUCAUUAGAAUUUGUUUUCCAUGGUAUUCAAAUUUCAAACAAUGCCAUAAGUGGAAAUAAAAGUGUUUUUAUCAACGGUGGGAAUCCUUUUACUCGUUUGGAUAUUAUCGCACCUGUUAGACGAGAAGAAGGGAUUAAUCCUUCUAUCCAGUUAGAGACCAUCCGUAAAGAAAUUCGACCAACAGAAUCAACCUUAAAACCACUUGGUAUAGAUCGUGAUGUUCUUCCAGAUUCUCGAAGAGCACAUGCUUUAACCUUAACUUAUAAAUUCUCUACGACUGAAAAGAAUUUGUCUGUUACACCAAGAUUUCCUGCAUUCUUUGAUUUACUGUAUGAUUCUUACUUUGAAGAUUUCUUUGCAAUGUUAUAUGAUGCAAAUAAAAAAGUUAUCGGCUAUUUAGAUAUUUAUGCCAAGACUUUUAAACUAGAAUUUAAAGGAGAUUAUAUCAUUCGUGCACAAGUUCGUCACCAAUCACAAGAAUUAUUAGAGAAAUUGAAUAACACCGUAUGCUUUUUAGAUUAUAAUUUAAGCAAAAAGGUUAAUUUGGAUGUAUUUGGUCAAAUACAUGAUGUUUUCACUGCUGAAAAAUCAACGGGUGUAAAAAAUUACUUGGAAAAAGGUGAAAGGCAAGCACUAUUCAUUGCAUCACCCAAUGAUUAUUCUGUUUAUCCAAAGGAUAGUAAACCUGGUGAUUUAUUAAUAGGACGUUUGAAUUUGGUAAACAACUCUAAGAUUGAUGGUGGACAAUAUUUAAUCAGUUUAUUGAUUCCACCCGCUCCUGCCAAAUCUAAAGAUUCUUCCAAUGGUGGAGGUGAAGAUGGAAAAGGCCUGGCGCCUACUAGUAACUCAGGUGGUCCAUCUGAAUCUAUAGAAAAAAAAGAUGAAAAAAUCAAUGAUGAACUUUCGGAAGCAAUUCGAGAUUUACAAAUUUCUUAUUUGAAAAAGUUUCCUACGGAAUCAACGGCAAGAGGAGAUUUAUUUUCAGAAUUGGAAGAUCAUUAUCCUUCACAUUUACCAAUUUUACAAACUAAAUUAGAGUUACUUCUUGAAUCACCUGGAAUUUGUGGUAAUAAAGAAAAUUUAUCACCAGAAACAGCGAAUAAAAUCUUGGAAAUUUCUGAUGAAUUAUUAAAAAAGAUUGAUUUAGUAGAAUUGGCUCAAUAUUAUGGUGUUAAACAAGAUACAAGUCUUAAUGAAGCCGCAAAAAAGAAGAAAAAAGAGAAUGAUGAUAAGAAGAAAGCUGUCAUAUUAGCUUUAGGUUCUAAAAUCCAAGCUUUGGCUAUUAUUGCGUCAACUAGUUCUUCAAGUGAUAAUUUAUCAACGCAACUUGAAGAAACUUGGAAGCAACUUGCUCAAUGGUUGGAUUCUACACCACCUGUAACAGACUUUAAGCAGUUACAAAUUUAUCUUAUACGUGAAAGAAGAGAAAAACGUUAUGGAAAUGCCCUCAAGGCACUUGGAAAAUGGCUUGGAGAAACUGGUUUGGGUAAUGAUAAUAUUAAAGAUUACGAGAAAGCUUUGAAAUUAAAGAUUGAAUUGUUGAAAGAAAUUGAAUGGAAAAAUUGGGAGAAAUAUGAAGAAAAAUGGAAGAUCAUUAGAAUUCCACCUUGCGGUUAUGUGCCUUUUUAA